AUGUCGUUCGCACCACCGCCGCCCGCUAACAGCACGUGCGGGGGCGGCGAUGGGGGCGGGGCGGGCGGGGCGGGCGCGGCGUGGGGGCUGCAGUACCUGUGGAACGUGAGCGCGCCGGCCGGCGUGUGCUGCGUGGCGCUCUUCGCCGCCGUCAAGCUGCGCGCCGAUCACCGCCUGCCGUCCGCGCGGCACGCGUGGCGGAAGCUGCGCGCGGUGUGGCACGUGACGGACGCGCAGAUCGUCACGCUGUGCGGAGCGGACGCCGCCGACUACCUCAUCCUGCUCGUGCGCCCCGCGCCACCCCCACUCACUUGUUCUCCCCCUUCUUCUCCCCGGCUCCCCCCUCCUUCCCCUUCACGCUGCACGUGCGCGCUCAUCGCAGCGCUGCUGGUGCCCGCGAUGGCGCUGCUGUUCCCCGCCAACCUGCGCGGAGCGGACUCCGCGGUGUGCGACUACCUGGCGGCCGCCACUAUCGCGCACGUCGUGCCCGCCGCGCCCGCGCUCUGGCUGCACGCGCUCUUCGCGCUGCUGCUGCCCCCCGCCGUGCACCUCGCCAUCCGCGCCUUCCGCCGCCAGCGCGUGCGCGCCAGGGCGGUGGCGCAGGGCAGGGACGAGGGCGGAGGAGACGCAGGGGGUUCGGGGAGAGCGUGGUCGGGGUGGGGAAGCGGGGGGCAGGGCAGCGGGGAUGGGGAGAGUCCGCGGGAAGGGUAUGCUGCCCUGCGCUGUGUAACCCGCCAUGGCACUCCCGCUGAUGGCGCUGAUGGCGCUGAUGGUGCUGAUGGUUCUGAUGGUGCUGCCGCCCUUGAUAAUGCUGUUGAUGGCGAUGAUGACGUGGACAUGACAGCGCAUGACGUGGCAGAGUACACAAUUCUCAUUCGCGGAGUGCCUAGAGGCCUAUCAGCCUGCCCUCAGCUACUGCUGGAGUAUUGGGACCGGCUGUACCCGGGGAGGGUGGCGAGGGUGCUGCAGCCGCCCGACGUGGCGGCAGCGCUGGCAGCCAGGCGGCACGUGGCGGCCCUCACAGCCCGCCUCGCCCAGGCCCACGCCAGGGCCGCUCUGCAGGGCACCGCAGGUGUGGAGACAGGUGCUGGCGCGGGGCCGCAAGCACACGUGCAUGCUGAUAGUGGUGCUGACGUGGCGUCUGUGCACGAGCCACUCAUCGCCUGGAGCGGCCGGCAGGGUCCAGCUGGCAUGCAGCGAUUGGAUGGGAGGAGAGAGGAGGGGAUGAGCGGAGGCGGAGGAGGGGAGCAGGAGGAGGGGGAAGAGGAUGGGGAGGGAGGGGAGUUAGGGAGAGGGGGUUGUGGCAGUGGCACGGGUGGGGCAGGUGGGCCCGUGGCGUCCUCUCUGCUCGCGUGCCUUGGCCUCUUCCUGCCGCCCCACACUGCCCGCUCUGCAGUGCACUGCCUCUGCCUUUCCCCCAUCACCGCCCUGCACUCGCUCUCCCUUUCCCUCUCGCACCUCUUCGCCACCCUGCGCACUCUCCCCCCCGCAUCCCCUGCCUGGCUGUGGGGCAUGGGGGUGCGCGACUGGGGGGAGGAGGCGCGGAGGCUGGAGGAGCAGGUGCGCAGGGCGGAGGGGGAGGCGCAGCUGUUGCAAAGGGGCAGGGGGGGCGGGGCGGGGGUGGCGCUGGUGGUGUUCCGCGAUGCCUACACGGCCACGCGGGCUUUAAGAGACGCCCUGUGGGCCUCCCCCAGGUGGCGCCUCGCCCCCCUCGCCACCGCCUCCUGGCGUGUAGAGCGCGCGCCGCCUGCCGCCAGCAUCAUCUGGCGGAAUGUGGGCGGCAGCCGGGCGGCAAGGCGUGUCCGCACGUGGGUGGUGAAUGUGGUGGUGGUGGCGGCGCUGUGUGCGUGGUCGUGCCCGCUCGCCCUGCUCUCCGCCGUCUCGUCUGCCGCCCACACUGCCGACACUGCCGCCCUCUCGCACCUCAACGUGUGGCUCUCAUGGGCGCGCAGCAACAGCGGCAAGGCAGCGGUGGCGCUGCAGUUCCUGCCCAACGUGCUCUCGUUCACCGCCAUGUACGGCGUCAUGCCCGCCGCACUGCACCGCCUCGUGGUCUUCGAGGGCCACAUCACCACGUCGCGCCAGCAGGCCGCUCUGCUGCUCAAGCUCACCGCACUCUACCUCUUCAAUCUAUACGUGCUCAAGGCGCUGCUGGAGGCGCUGCUGCAGGCGGCACUGCUGCGCGCGCAGCGCUGCUCGCUGCUGUCGGCGCACUGCCCCACGGUGCUGCACUGGCUCAACGCCUCGCUCAUCCCCGCCUCCUCGCUCUCCGCGCUGUGCUUCCUGCUCACCUCCGCGCUGCUCGGUGUCUCCUUUGACCUCCUCGCACCCCUCGCCUGGCUCGCCCCCCGCCUGCGCCGCCUGCGCCUCUCCCUGCGCCGCCUCUGCCUGCAUCUUUCACUGCACCGCAUGCUUGUCUUUCUUCACAGAUUCCACCAGCGCCUCUCACGGCACUGGCGUCGCAUCACAAGGGCUGGACAUGUAGGGAGAGGGCUGGUAGCAGGCGGAGAGGGCGUGGGGCUGGGGAAUGCGGGCAGUGGAUACGAGGUGCUGGGAGAUUGGGUGGGGGCAGUGGUGGCUGGGAGGGAGCAAGUGGGAGGAGUCGGAGCGGUGCAGAGCGGUGCAUAUGUGCCCCUCCCCGGGGACGCCGUUGAGGAGCAUUGUGGGAAUGGCGAUGCUGAGACACGUGGCGGACAGCCAUUGGAUGACAUGGCUGAAGGUGGCAACGGGGCGAGUGAUGACGAGGAGGGAGGGAGUGAGGGAGAGAGUGUGUGCAGCAGUGAGAGUGACCUCGGGUUGCUGUCGCUGCUGGAAGAGGCAGAAUUAGAGACAGCCACCCACUCUCACCUCCUUUCACCUUCCUCUCGCACCUCUGCUCUCCUUUCACCGUCCUCCCCCACCGCAACACACAUAUCCCUCCCCCCACACUCCACCCACCCACCCCCCGUCAUGGCCUGCGACGCCUCCCCUCCGACCCCUGCUGCACGCAUACAAGACCCCACAUCAGCAGCAACGCAUGCAGGUGGCACGGGAGCAGCACAGCAGCCACCAGCAUGCGCAUCCCCCACACCAGAGGCACCACCAUCAGCGGGGGCGGAGGCUCCAGCAGCAGGGAUGGAGGCACACGAGCUUUCACGGAAGAGGCGGGGCGAGUUGCAGUUUGACUACGCGCAGUACUACGCAUACAACACCACGGCGCUCUGCCUGCUGCUCUUCCACGCGCCCCUGGCCCCCCUGGUGCUGCCCGCCGGGCUGCUCUUCUUCUCCUACCGCCUCAUCGUUGACAAAUACAACUUCCUCUUCCUCUACCGCACACGACCGCACCACCACUCCCACCACCACCACGCACCACCGCACUCAACCGCAUCGCUGUCGUCCCCGGCAGCUUCUCUGCUGCCCCCCACGGGCCCACAACUGGUGUCGGAUGGGCGGCUGGUGAGGGCAGCAGUGGGGGUGCUGCGCAUGAGCGUGUGCGCCACCCUUGCCGCCCUUGCUGCACUACUUGCCUUCAAAGGUGACCCCGAUAAGCUGCAGGCUGUGCUGCUGGGGUCGGUAUCGGUUGUCCUUUCUGUGAUGUAUGGUAUAGAGGCUCUAGUGCGAGUGCCAGGGAGGGCACGAGUGGUGGUGGGUGCACAUAGGCAUGGUGGUAACCACGUGUUGCCAGAGAGACUGGUGAAUAGGCCGACUGCUUAUGAGGGCAGACGGAUGGGUGGGGCGGAGGAGGGGGUGGAGAGGUGUGAGCGGACAGGGCAGCAGAACACGGAGGAUUAUCGCGAGCACAUGUCAGCUGUGGUAGCCACACACUCAUGUGUGGGAGGAGCAGGUUCAUGUGUGGGAGGAGCAGGUUCAUGUGUGGGAGGAGCAGGUUCAUGUGUGGGAGGAGCAGGUUCAUGUGUGGGAGGAGCAGGUUCAUGUGUGGGAGGAGCAGGUUCAUGUGUGGGAGGAGCAGGUUCAUGUGUGGGAGGAGCAACUGAGACCUGA